CUCUGAAAUGGCGGAAGGAGACAGCAUUUUCUCCAAAAUCAUUCGUAGAGAGAUUCCUUCUGAAUUCCUUCACGAGGAUGAACAAGUAUGUUAUUCUCAUUUAGCUCGUUAACUUAAAUCAUUUAAGAUUUGUGACUCAACAAUAUUAUCAACAAUUUGCUCUUAAUAAGGUGAAAAAACUCAAGAAAGGUCCGUAGGUUGUGCAUUUCACAUUUGAAAUAAGCCUAGAGUAGUUUCAGUUUCAUUUUCUGCAUUUUUAAUGUAUGAUUUUUCAUUUGGUGCAUCUGCAUCUCCAUCCGUUACAAGCAAGCCAAUCCACUCUUCUUUUCCUGUAAACUCCUCCAUAUUUAACUGUUAACUGCUAUGUUGGUGUGUUGAGUCAGAAACCAUGUGCAAGUGAAAACCCAAGGGUCAAUCCGGGAUUGGCAAAAAUACCCGUCCCCCAGGUCGCAAAAAGGUGUUAAUGCCCCACCCCAGGACUGAUAAGGCAUGUAAAUCCCCCACAUUUGCCUGUGGGGGAUGGGUGCAGCAAUUGACUGAUGGAUAACAGCUUGAAAUGGUUAUGAUUCCAGUGUGUUGCCAUAAAGGACAUUAAUCCUCAGGCACCUGUACACUUCCUUGUCAUUCCAAAGAAGCCAAUUCCCCAGCUGUCAAAAGCAGAUGAUGCCGACGAGCAGGUGAGGAUAGUAAGGGAAGGUUAAAUGGACUGAAAUUUAAAAGGGUGAUACCGUGUGGCACAGAAUUUUUGCGGGUUCUUAUUUUUUUGUGAUAUUUGCAAUUAUUACAGUGAUCCGCAAAAACAAGUUCCCACAAAUAAAAAUUACCAAACAUUUUUCCUGAAAAAAUUUACUCCUGAGUAAAAUAUUCUCUAACAAAAAUACACUACUAAGAAAUUGUGUCUGGUCAAUUACAACUUUCCUCUUUCAUUCAUUCAGAAAAAAAACAGUAUACAAUGUUCUUUUACACAGGGUGAGCAUAUUGUAGUAUUGUAUUUCUAUAUUGCACCUACUUAACAAAAGCAAAUUAAUAUUAUCAAUGCUGAGUACAUAGUGGGUACCGGUACUUUCUAAAAAUCGCAAAAAUUAAUUCAUAGCAAGAAAGAACAAUCUGUUUUUAUUGCAAAAAUUAGUUCUUGCAAAACACAAAAAAUCACCAGUCCACAAAAAUAUACUCCUGCAAAAAUUUUGUGCCACGUGGUAAUCUCCUUGCAACUAACAGGUUCUUGGGUCACAUGAUCUGCACCCAAGAUGAACUAAUAACUCACCUCUUACGACCUCAUUACACUAUCGCCACCCACAACCCUCUGUGUGAAACCACAUCCCUUGUGCCACUCAAGGAAAAGAUAGCCAGUAACUAUUAUGGGGUAAAUAGAACUGAAAAUUUUGCCUCCUUCAUAUGUGAAGAAAGGAGAAAAGAAUGAUAACCAACAUCAUGCACUUCCAGAAAAUUCAGGAUAUUUUGUGACCAGAAAACAGCUUGACAAGCAUCUUAGAGUAUUCUUAUUAUUGAUUUAUCAUCAUCAUUACUGUAUUAUGAUAAACGUUUUUUAAAACACAAGCUUUUGAUUCCACUGGGACUCUCUGAACGACCAGGAUAAUCGGGAAAACCGGGAUAACCACGACAACUGGGAAAACCAGGAGGCCAUGAUGACUGGGAUGACUAGGACCACCAGAACAACUGAGACAAUUCGGAUAACCAGGACAACUAAGACAACCUGGGACAACCGAGGCAAACCAGGACAACCAGGAUAACUGGGACAACUGGAAAGACUGGGAUGACUGUGACCACUAGAACAACUGAGACAACUGGGAUAACUAGGACAGCUAAGACAACAGGGACAACCAAGACAACCAGGACACCCACAACUGGGACAUUUGGGAUAACUGGAAUGACUAUUACAGCAAGUGUGUCAACAAUGGUGGUGGACAGCUAAGACAACUGGGACAACCGAGACAACCAGGACACCCACAACUGGGACAUUUGGGAUAACUGGGAUGACUAUUAUAGCAAGUGCGUCAAUAAUGGUGGUGGGGGAUCAUCUAAAGUUGUCAGGCUACACCUUUGAUGGGUCCUCCUCUUCGAUUCUCAUAAUGGAGGAGUUAGGAAGACAAUCAAAAUAUUAUUUUGUCAGGCUACAACAUUGAACAGAGACGCUGGUUACGAGGUCCUUGUGAUUCAUUGAAAUGUUUUGUUUCGUGAUUAGUUAAAUGGUAUUGUAAAUCGCAAGACAAAAUGCCUAAAUCCAUCACUUAUAUAAAGAUUCUCUGAUGGAAUCAAACGCUUGUGUUUAAAAAAGUUUUUUCCUAUCCUGUAUAUUGAAUCGUCAUUUAUCACUGUGACAGGAUUAAGUGAGUCUUUUUUUGCUAAGACAUUAUCAUUAUUAAUUUAUUAAUACUGUUUUUAUUAUUAUUAUAAUCAUAACUAUAACAAAUUUGUCAAAUCUGAUUGGCUAUCAACUGCCCUGAUUUCAGCCUUAAUUGGACAGUUUAAUAGGACAGUACGCGCCAUCACAUGCGUGCUUAAAUGAUUUUUUUUUCUUUACUGCUAGCACAACAAAAUUUCGAAUUUCGUGUUUUGAUUUUAAAAAAAUAAUAGCCUAUUAUGUCACAAAUUUCGUUAAAGUUAUGAUUAAUUGGUAACAGAACUUUGUGUCGUCCAAUUCGGUCUGUGAUCAUACUCAUGAUUAAACAAAUCGGGCUCCCGCGUUAAUCACUCGUAUGAUUACAGACCGAAUUGGAAUCCAAUCAGUCCUGUUACCAUUACUUAUUAUUAUUAUUGUUGUUGUUAUUAUUAUUAUUAUUAUUAUUCUAGAGGGUGGAAGGGGUAAAUCCUUGCAAGUUACAUGGUUAAAUGAAUGUUGUGAUACUUCACGUACCAACCUAGCUUGUUCAGUCCCCUUAUUUUUCCAUAAGAUCAUCAAGAUUGAGCACUUUGCAUUAGCGGUGGCCACCAUCAGCUAUCUUGGCUACAUAGCCUGUUGAGGAGUGUCUCAUUGCUUGAUACAUAUGAAACCAAGAUGGCUACCCCAAAUGGUAAGUGCUUGAUCCUGACAAUCUUAUGAAAAGAUAGGAAUAUAUCUAAUAUCGACCCAGCUCUCUACUGCUACUGGCAUUUAUAACUGUCUGGAAGCAAGAAAACAAGAGAUUUUGUAAGAUCAUUUUUCGUUUUCAAUAUUUUGUCUCAGUUACUAGGCCAUCUACUGUUAGUUGCCAAAAAAGUUGCAGCUGAACAGAACCUAACCAAAGGGUUUCGCAUAGUGAUUAAUGAUGGCAGUGAGGGAGGACAGGAGGUGUACCAUAUCCAUGUUCAUGUUUUGGGUGGACGACAAUUGACCUGGCCCCCAGGUUAG